UUCAGACCACUUAGUCUGAGCGGGGUUCGUGCCCAGUAGGAGAAGAAAUGGAGGUGGGAAGGGGAGAGGUACCAGUUCACACCAGCAAGUCUGGAAACACUCGUGGAGGUGGUUCAGAUGGAGGGACCGGGAGCCCAUGAUUCAGUGCCAAGUACAGGUGCACCGGAGUCGGGCAACACACAAGACCGCUUUCCGGCUUCCGAUCACCUUGCUGUGCUCUCACAAUGCACUUCCAGGGAUGCACCUCUGAGAAUGAAAACAGUUUCUAAUCAUCCUCAGAAGUGCCUUGGGACGGAGCCAUCGGAGGCCAGGGGACAAGUGAACAGUUCAAUCAAAAGCCAAGGCCAGCUUCUCCCCCGCCGGCCGCACGGGAGGGAGGCCGAGAUGACAGAUGAGAUCGCUAAGGCUCAGGCCGCCCGGCCUGGUGGCAGCACGAUCUUCAGGAAGAUCAUUCGCAAGGAAAUCCCAGCCAAAAUCAUUUAUGAGGAUGCCCAGUGUCUUGCUUUCCAUGACAUUUCCCCUCAAGCACCAACACAUUUUCUGCUGAUACCCAAGAAACAUAUAUCCCAGAUUUCUUCGGCAGAAGAUGACGAUGAAAGUCUUCUUGGACAUUUAAUGAUUUUUGGCAGGAAAUGUGCUGCUGAUCUGGGCCUGAAGAAGCGUUAUCGAAUGGUGGUGAAUGAAGGUUCAGAUGGGGGACAGUCUGUCUGUCAUGUUCAUCUCCGUGUUCUUGGAGGUCGGCAGAUGAAUUGGCCUCCUGGGUAAGCGUGUUGUAGGGAUAAUUUUCCCUUCUCUAUGCAGUGAUCAGGUCUGCAAGUUCCAAUACGCAAGACAAUACUUGUUUUGCCUGUGUAUGGAGAGAUUGCAGAAAUAAUUUUAAAAACCCAUACAUAAUAAAAGACGUUGUUGCAUGGUCUGAAUUCUGUAUCUGACUUAUUUUUUUUUUAAUAUUUGUUGGAAUGUUUGAAGGUGGAGUUCAUAAUUUGGGAGGUUUUUGUUUUUUCUCCCCAAGGAGGACUCAGCAUAUGUACAUGGCAAUAAUGCUGUGACUGAU